AUGUCGUGGGACCUCCUGCAGAGGUUCUUUGACAGCGACGUCUUCAACCAGAACCCCUUCCUCUCCGUCUCCUACCUGACUCGAUACGCUGACCAUGUUGGAAUCCACUAUGUCCUCUGCAAUAAGCUCCGCCAAUUCCCCUACGAGGACGUCGAGUUCUUCCUUCCCGAGCUGUGCCACCUCAUCAUCAGCGUCAACAAUGAGUCUAUGGCACUUGAGGAAUUCCUGCUGGACCUCUGCGAGGAAUCCGUCUCUGGAGCUCUACUAGCCUUUUGGCUGUUCCAGAGCUAUUUGACCGAUCUAUCCUCCAAUCCGCACUCCGAGGCUUUCAGAACAUGUCGAAGGGUUUACAACAAGGUCCAGCACAUAGUUUUCGGGCUGGGUGACGCGGCCAGGCACGAGAAGAUCAAGGAGAACGCGCUGCCAGUCACCGUCCUGGCGAGCUUGAUUUUGUCUAGUGUGGCUGUUCCAGGCUUGCCUCACUGGGCAGGGCCACUUGCCGUCGCGCAAGCCAAGAAACCACAGCCCAUCGACGACGUGGUAUUGGAACCGACGCAACCGAAGAUAACCAGGGCACAAACCGUCUCGGCCGCUCAGGCAAACAGGGCAAGACGCACGACGAGAGAUGGCGGCCGUGUCACAAGUGCGCCAGAUCCCAGGGGCUCACCACCUAGGGACUCACCUGGCACCCCACGGAAACAAAACCUUCCGCCUUCGCGACCGACUUCGUCUUCUGGCUCGAACGUACCGACUCCUGCACAACCCACGAAGCGGCCAACUAGCCAUCUGGACAUGAAGGCUAUAGAUGCACGGCUCAGUACAGCCUCCCUCCCUCUGCCCGAAGUGAAAUCGCCCCUUCCGCCCCGGCCUCCAACUCCAGUAACCGCAGGUCUACCGCCGUCUGAGAACCCGUUGUUGACCCGUCGGCAUUCCGAGCGCGCCAAAGGCGUGUUGAACAAGAGCGACAUGUCGAAGAUUCAGAGAGCAAGGCUUCUGAGACAAAAUUAUUUCCGAUGUCAGACACAGUUCCUGACGGCAUUGGAGGAUAUUUCGAACAGACUGGUUGUUGUCCCGAAGGCAGCUCGUCUGAGCGCUCUGCGAGCGGAAUUGGCCUUGAUUGCGCAGGACUUGCCGGCUGAGGUGGACAUUCCCGUAAUCUGCCCACCGACUUUGACAGAUGGGUCUCCGUCAAGGAGCAAACACCACAGGAUCGUAAGGAUCAACCCAGCAGAGGCAACUGUUCUUAAUAGCGCAGAAAAGGUGCCCUACCUUCUGAUGAUCGAGAUUCUACGCGACGAUUUUACUUUUGACCCCGAUUCUCAAGACAACCAGAGGUUACUGGCAACACUAGUGGCGGAGCAAGGAUCGAGGCGACGUAUAUUUGACCUAUCCGAGAGACCAAAGAUAUCCACGUCAAAGAACACAGAGACCUCUACGGAAUCUGCUGACAGCGUUUUUGAGCCUUCCUCUGGAGACCUCGGUACGUCACCCGUGCUGAAGCCCAUCGACAGCAAGGCCAUAAAAACCAGGAAACCAGCCCCUCAGCAACUACCUAGUCUAACGCCAACAGUGUCGACGAGUUCCGAGUUGGUGACGCCUAGGAGUUCAGCCGCUUCAACCAGUCGAUCCAGCAGUCCUAGCAGCCGCUCUUUGAGGAGAAUGACCAUCAACACAAACCCACGAAACGCGUCUGUGGACCAGCCAGACUUUUCUGCGUUGGCAACACAUAUGCGAACUGCCUCCCAAAUGCUGGCCCAGUUGGACGCCACCAGUGGCAAACGACCGAAGCACGAGGUAGCGGCGAUCCGUGCAAAGAUUAUUGCAAGCAUGCAGAGUUUGGAGGAACAGAACUUCGACACAGAUGAUGGACAUGGGCCGACAUUUGAUCAGAUCAUGGCCAAGACCACGGUCCAGAACGCAGUAGCCAAUUCCGAAGAAGUCGACGAAGAUACGAACCUUGACCCGGCGUUGAAUGCGAGUGCUGGCGUGGAGCGAAUGGAAAAUGACUUCAAGACCGGUGGUCUUCAGAAAAAAGGGGACCGGGACGAUCCAAGUGCGGCGGUCUUCGGCGAAGCUUGGCAAAUGAAGAAAGAGCGCAUACGACGAUCCUCACCCUACGGCUGGAUGAAGAACUGGGAUUUGAUGAGCGUCAUUGUGAAGACUGGUGCUGACUUGAGGCAAGAAGCCUUCGCUUGCCAGCUCAUUGAUGUUUGUGACAAGAUAUGGACCGAUGCCAAGAUUGGGGUCUGGGUAAAGGUCAUGCGAAUUCUGGUGACGGGCGAGUCCUCGGGUCUCAUUGAGACAAUCACAAAUGGCGUCUCACUUCACUCCAUCAAACGAAGUUUGACGUUGGCACAGGCUGAGGCCGGCACGAACCCGAAGAGGCGGAUUGCGACACUGAAAGACCAUUUCGCAAAAGCGUUUGGCGCGCCCGACAGUGAGCCAUACAAAGCUGGCGUCGAUGCAUUCAAGAGAUCGCUUGCCGCCUACAGUGUCAUUUCAUACGUGUUGCAGCUGAAGGACAGGCACAACGGGAACGUCCUGAUCGACAAUGAGGGCCACAUUGUGCAUAUCGACUUUGGCUUCAUGCUUUCAAACUCCCCGGGGUCUGUUGGAUUCGAGGCCGCACCCUUCAAGCUAACCCACGAGUACGUGGAAGUUCUGGGUGGUAUAGGGUCUCCGGAGUGGAACGACUUCAAACGACUGUGCAAGCAGGCUUUCCAAGCACUUCGACGAUCGGCCGACAACAUUGUCGACCUCGUCGCCAUGAUGGGCCGGGAUUCCAAAAUGCCUUGCUUUGCUGCCGGUGUUGUGACCGUGACAACGAAUCUGCGACAGCGUUUCCAGCUGCAGCUGAGCGCUGAUGAUGCAGAGCAGUUCGUCGAGACGGACCUGAUCAAUAAGUCCAUUGGCAGCUACUACACUCGACUCACCACCAUCAACAGCAUCUGA